GUACGCACCAUCAAAUCUCAAGCUCCCUCCAAAAGAAUGGCCGGAAACAUGAAACCGACGGCCAAAGAAACCCACGAAACCCUAAUUAUCAAAUCAGCAAUAUUUUCCAGACUCCUCCUGCUAACCCUAAUCGUCCUAUGGCGCAGCCUUGUCUCCCCUUAUGACACCUCCGCUUCCAUCAAUCCCACUUGCCUAGCCACCGCCCGCAACCGCUCCUCUUCCCCUCCUCAUCCUCCUCUCUUUCCAUCGCUCGGUUCUGCCAUCGAAAACGGCGUCGUCUGGGACAGCGUCUACUUCGUCCGCAUCGCGCAGUGCGGCUACGAGUACGAGCAAACCUACGCGUUCCUGCCGCUGCUUCCCAUUUGCAUUUCCAUCUUAUCGCGCACGGUUUUUGCACCGUUGAUUCCCGUGAUUGGGUACAGGGCAGUGCUGGCUUUGGCAGGUUACUUUGUUAACAAUGUUGCAUUUGUGUUGGCAGCUGUUUACUUUUACAGGCUUUCAGUUAAUAUCUUGGAGGACCCAGAGACAGCGUUUCGAGCUUCUGUACUGUUCUGCUUCAACCCAGCUUCCAUAUUUUAUUCCUCAAUAUAUUCAGAGAGUUUGUAUGCUCUAUUUUCAAUUGGAGGAAUGUACCACUUAAUAUCUGGUGCAAACAAUACUGCUGUCCUUUGGUUUGCUCUCUCUGGUUUGGCAAGGUCUAAUGGAGUGCUUAAUGCUGGCUAUUUCUGUUUUCAGACAAUGCAUUGGGCAUAUGAAGCUUUAUUUCUGAAAAAGCGUGUUUCUUUGGCAAUGCAGGUUCUUAUAACUGGAGCUUUUCGCUGCUUAUGCAUUUGUAUUCCUUUUGUUGCUUUUCAAGCAUAUGGAUACUACAACAUUUGUCUUGGACGGUGUUUAGAUGAACUGAGGCCCUGGUGCAGAGCAAGAAUACCUCUGCUGUACAAUUUUAUUCAAAGCCAUUAUUGGGGAGUUGGUUUCUUGAGAUACUUCCAAUUAAAACAGCUACCAAACUUUCUGCUUGCAUCACCAAUACUGUCUUUGUCGGUUUGGUCAAUUGUACAUUACGUGAAGUCACGGACAGAACUUUCACUUUCACUGGGUUUUCAACUUAGCAGUGAGGAAAAGAAUUCUGCAGCUUGGCUUUAUUCCCUGGAGACUGUCCCAAAAUCAAAAGAUGGCCACAUUCUGGAGAAACCAUCUUCUGUUGUACUAGAAAAGCACGAUCUGAGGCAGAGGAAACAAACAAGUAAGGCAGGGGAUCCUGCUGAACUGCAUGUAGAAUAUGAAUCACCAGCCAAGUCAGGAUAUUUAUCACCUUCCAUUCUUCCAUUCGUUAUACACUUGGGUAUCAUGGUAGCUACAGCUUUCUUCGUCAUGCACGUGCAGGUUGCAACACGGUUUCUGUCAUCCAGCCCUCCUCUUUAUUGGUUUGCUUCAUAUUUGAUGGUAUCUCCCGGUAUGGGUAAGCGACGGGGAUAUAUGAUCUGGACAUACUGUGCAGCCUACAUUCUCCUUGGCAGUCUGCUCUUUUCGAACUUCUACCCUUUCACGUGACAAUACCUGGCUGAUUGUGUCGUUUUUGUGACAUGCAACGAUCCUUCUCUUGCAUCUUGGUCUUGCAACAUUUUCUGGCACCAGAUCGCCGCCUCUACCCAAACCAAAAAUACUUUAAGUUUCGUUUGGUUCAAUUCUCAUCUAGUUCCUAUUCAGUUACGAGUUCCAAUUGCCAUUAGUCUUAAUAUGCAUGAUUAAAAAAUAAUUUGUCGUGUUUGAGUUACUACCAUCUUAUCUUGAAUGUCUUGAUAAUAAGAAUUAAAUCCUUAACUUUCGAGUUUAGGGUUCAAUUCUUAUCGUUAAAAAUUUUAGAUACGUUGGUGAUAAUUCUAACAUAAUAAAUUAUAUUAUAAUUAUGCACCUGAACAAUCGAACGAGAAUUGAAUCAAAUGCAAUAGCGAAUUUGUGUUUUCGCAGAUACUAAAAGCAUAUGCAUUUGGUGGGAGCUCUACGAUUGGUUCAAGCAAAACGGCUUCGUAGAUGCAUUGCGUAGCGACCAGAGCAACCAGAUUCGCUUUAGCCUGUCUUUUAUCAUGUUCGAUGUAGAAUUUGUCGAUGGAUGAGUUCAUGCAUUCACCAUUUCUUCUUUGUCAACUUUGAUGAUAUUCUUUGUUCUUCACUUCCAAACAUUUGUAUUAGGAAGGUCAAGAUUUUAGUUUAAAUUUACAUAUAGAUGCAUUUAUUUAACAUGUUUAAUAUAAA